CUUUGAACAAAAUCCUUUCCUGGAAAAGCAUUCCUCUUUACAUCGCUAUACUGAAUCAUUUCAGGGUGUUGGUUCGUUGUCAUCGUUUACGUUUAGUUUGCCUCAGGAUUAACAUUGAGCACUGUGCUUGCAUGGAAAGCAGCAAAUGAACCCCCACAUUACGAGCAGUUGGGUUUUGUCAUGCUUCAAUACUUUGCUGCUGUAGAGUGUCGGUUGCUGCUACGGGAGGUUUGUAGGUUCUGUGAUUGUUUCUUUACUUUCUUGUGUUCGGAAUUCGUUAAGAUUGGAGUAGUUAUUGAAGAAUUGAGUGCGGGAUUUGGUUUUUGAUGCGCAGGCUGAUCACGAGUUUCUGAUAAUUAAGAAUUGAGAAUUGAGAAUCGAGGUUUAGUGAGGAUAUCAGUCUCUGCUGGUCCCGAUGGCCAUGUAAUCUUCUUGUGUUGGAUUCUGUGGCUAGGUUAAAGCUUUCAGGAUGUUAACUUGGGGUUUGAGGCCAGAAGGUGAUUGUUUUGGAGCGAACCUGAUUGAGCAGCGAUAAGAGUUUUAUGUUGGAUUUUAUUGGUGGAACGAAACUAAACUGGCGGGGGAGGACAUCUUUUGCCCUGCUUUGAGAUGAUGAAAGAAAAAAGCCAAAACUUGGAAUCGACUUCAAAUGCAGAGACGAUGCACAUAUCCAAGAAACGGCAUCGUGUAGAGAGCUGCAUUCGCCUCCCCUCUGUGUUUUCCUUGUCCUCCAAACCUGAUAUGGACGAGGUGAACAACUCGAGGUGGGCAGCAUUUUCAGUUUCUUCAAACCGUUUGAGACUCAUAACCUAGCGUGUGUGAGCAAAAAUUAUCAUCAAUUUACAUGCUGACCGUUAUAACCUAACCGAGAUGCCUUGCAUUGGCCAGAAGGUUUUAUGUACCCAACAGUAACUACAGCUACCAAGAUGAUGUUCUGUAUGAAGUUGUCUAUGUUAUGGACAUGAUUGCUGUUAUCACAAAACCUGAAGAGGUUGAUGAUUUGACAGUUAGGGGAACCUUAAUAUUUGGUGAUGCGAGCACGGCAGAUGUAAUUCUACACUUGCGGAAAGACGAAACUUCUUUGCGGGAAUUAGUCAAAUCUGAUGAUGAUGAACUUGGAGACGCUUCAAAACUUGCAGCAGAAACAAAACAAGGAGAGGAACAUGUUGUUAAUCUUCAUGCUCAAGCUUUAAUGCAAUGUCGCUACUUCGAUGCGCUUUUAUCAGACAGAUGGCAAGACAAAGUGCAGUCCUCUACAAAGGAAGAGAGUGAAAACACAAUUCCCAUCCAUAUCAAUCUCUGUGUGGCUCAAGGACGUCAGUUAACCUCGUACAUAGCAACCCUACAGCUUCUAUACACACAAGACUUCGUGGGGACCAUACAGAAUGUGGAAAGUGCUUUGAGUAUCCUUCCCAUAGCAGCAGAAUUGUUAUACGACCAAUGUAUCUCUGCCUGCGUGAGAUUCCUGGAAGCAGUUUCGUGGACGAGGGAAGAAGAACGACAAAUUGUGCAACUUGUGUCGUGUCUUCAACUCGAAAAGUCUUCUGCGCUGCUAGCUAGGCUUAGUCCUGUGAAGGAAACGGCAGUCGUGGACAUGUUCAAUGGACUGGUAUAUGCAGCGACACACAGGCAUCAAAAUGGUGCUACUGUGAAGGCUUUUGUAGGACAGCUUUUGAGCGGACUUGCCUCUAGGGAUACAGUUCGUCAGGUCCUAGACCAGGCUUUUUCUGAGAGUUUAAAUACCGUGAAGGACUCCAUCGAAGAGUAUGCAAGUCCAAAUGUUAGAGGCCACCAUGAUGAAAUCGAAGCUCUACAGAGACAAAAUCUUCACACUGCAGUUGUUAGCGGGCGGCACUUGCUUUGGAUCGUUGAGCGAAUGAUAGAACUGAGGGUUGCAGAGACUGCAGUUGUGGAAUGGAGUGAGCAAGGAGCAUUUACAGCGAACUUGAAACGUGCGUUUAGUGAUGAUACUUGGAGAAACAUUGCUCCUGGACUCCCCGCUCUUGUACUCCGCUGCACUUGUCGUUUGGCAAGCGCUGUUGCUUGUGGAUCCAUCAUUGCUUCCCAACAGGUACGUCUGAAGCUGGUCAAGGAAUGGCUGCCCGUACUAGUUGUGUCUCGGGAACAUCUGCCAACUUCUGGAGCAUCCGCUAAUCAAAAUAAGCACCUCCAUCAAGAGCUUGAGAACUUGUUUUUGAAUAUCAUUCUCACCCUUCCAAUGGACGAUGCUCAGAGGCUCCUGCAGCAGUGCCUGAGCUUUGCCACCCGAAACUUGGAAGACUGUCCCCACCUUGUGAAUGCUUUCAAUGUAUGGUUUCGAAGAGCAACCCAAGUACCUGCCAUAGAAAAAGAGAAGAUGGAAUCGGAGAGUUGUUGCUACCCAUCCUAGACAGAGCUUGUGCAGGUUUGCUUGUAAAACAUGGUCUUGGUUUUUCCUUUUCAACGAGUUCAGCGUUGAUUUUAAAGGGGCUGUACAACAGGGAACUGCCUUGGCAUUGCAGUUUUGCGUUGCUUUCUGGGUACGAUGAAGUUGGUGAGCAUCUUCUAGUGCUGUGGUACAUUCUACUUUUUGAUCGUACGGUACAGGGAUAGACGUGUAUGUGAGCCAAAUAGAAUUCGUUGACACUAUGUAACAUGUGGAAGGCUUUGUCGUUGCCUUAAAGCACCUAUAGUCACUGUUCAACAUCUGCGUU